AUAAGAACGAUGCUCCUCCAACAUUCUAUAUGAUUGUCGUCACGACGUUCUAUAUCGCAAACACUCAGCGACAGUACACACCACAUUUCAAAAUUCAUUUUCCAAGGAGAGAAAGCAUGCCUGAAGAACCGAAGCACCGCAAGGGAAGUUUCGGUGGCUUCAUGGAUAAAGUGCUCCACCGUGAUCAUCACGAAGACAAGGACCAAGCCCAUCAAGCCAAGGAUGAGCAUGACCCUGACCAGGAGCAGCAUGAAGACCAGCCCCAGAAAGAGGGUGAAAUGGAUAGGGUCAAGGACUAUAUGAAGAAGGAUCAGGAUAUGGAGGCGGAGGGAAGGACUUACGGAGAUUUGAUGUAAUUUCUGUGCAAAGAAAUUGAAAUGUAUUAUUAGUUCUGUGUUGAAAUUUAAUUUUACUCAUCUCUACUCGCG